CCGCGUCCGGGAUGCUGCCUCUGCUGCGCUGCGUGCCCCGAGCCCUGGGCGCCGCUGUCACCGGCCUCAGGGCCGCGGCACCCGUGUCCGCGCAGCCGCUGCGGCAGCUGCUGCAGCCCAGGCUCCGGCCGUGCCUGCGACCCUUCGGGCUGCUGUGCGUGCGCGCGGGGUCGGCGCGGCGGUCCGGCCUCCUGCAGCCUCCCGCGCCUUGUGCCUGCGGCUGCGGCGCGCUGCACACCGACGGAGACAAAGCUUUUGUUGAAUUUCUGACUGAUGAAAUUAAGGAAGAAAAGAAAAUUCAGAAGCAUAAAGCUCUUCCAAAGAUGUCUGGAGGUUGGGAGCUGGAAGUGAAUGGGACAGAAGCUAAAUUAGUGCGGAAAGUUGCUGGUGAAAAGAUCACAGUCACUUUCAACAUUAACAACAGCAUCCCACCAACAUUUGAUGGCGAGGAGGGGCCUUCACAAGGGCAGAAGACUGAAGAGCAGGAGCCGGAACUGACGUCAACUCCUAAUUUUGUGGUUGAAGUUAUAAAGAACGAUGGGGGAAAGGCCCUUGUACUGGACUGUCACUAUCCGGAGGAUGAGAUUGGACAAGAAGAAGAGGCCGAGAGUGACAUUUUCUCUAUCAAGGAAGUUAGCUUUCAGGCCGCUGGUGACUCAGAAUGGAAGGAUACUAAUUACACACUCAAUACUGAUUCUCUGGACUGGGCUCUGUAUGACCACCUAAUGGAUUUCCUUGCGGACCGAGGGAUAGACAACACAUUUGCAGAUGAGUUGGUAGAGCUCAGCACAGCCCUGGAGCACCAGGAAUACAUCACCUUUCUGGAGGACCUCAAAAGUUUUGUCAAGAGCCAGUAGGACUGUCAGAGGCACUGAAGACCUUACUUUUAUGGCAAGCUUGAGCCAGUGAACAAAACCUACCCUGAUACCAGUAUGUGCUUUGAAAUGGUUGUCAUCCUAUUAUCAUGGAAAAAAAUAUAUACAACUGGUUUAAAUUAUUACUCCUAUGCUGUCAUUACUAUUCAUUUAGAACUUUUUCCUGUACAAAUCUGUUAUUUCUAGAUUUUUAUAUAACAUGAUGGAUAAUAAAAUUAGCUUCAUCUCCUCCAA